AUGGUGAGCAUCAGCGAGGCGCCCGCGCAGGACAGGAGCCGCGAGGCCGACUGGCCCGUCGUCCUUUUCUUCAUCCACAUACAUCUGCUCUCGCUCUACGGGCUAUGGCUGCUGCUGUUCGAAGUCAAACUGUUUACCAUUUUAUUCCUGGUCACCCUGUCAUCCUGCGCGAUCCUGGGUGUGACGACAGGAGCCCACCGGUUGUGGGCGCACCGCUCGUAUAAGGCCAACACCGCUCUGAGGAUCACGCUCAUGGUGUUCCAAACCCUCGCGGGACAGGGCUCGAUAUACGACUGGGUGCAGAACCACCGACUGCACCACGCCACGUUCGACACGGACGACGACCCGUACAACCACAAGAAGGGCUUCCUGUACGCGCACGUGCUCACGCGCAUGCGCAAACUCAGCCCCUUCCAGGAGAAGCUUAAAGAAUCCAUCGACGUGUCGGAUCUGCACGACGAUCCCGUUGUCAUGUUUCAGAAAAAGUUCUACUGGGUCCUUUACGGCGUGCUGUUCCUCCUGCUGCCGCUCAACGCGCCGCUCGAGUACUGGGAGGACUCUGUGCUGAGCUCCAUCUUCGUCAUCGGCUUCCUGCGCUACUUGAUCGUCCUCCACGCAUCGUGGCUCGUCGAGAGCGCCGUCUGUGUGUGGGGACUCAAGCCCGGCGAGAAAUACCCGCAUGAUUCAAAUUCGGUAUUUGUGUUGGCGAAAACAUUUUGGCCUCAAUAUCACUACCUGAUCCCGAACGACUACAAAUCUGGCGAAUACGGCACAUACGAUUGUGGCUGCUCGACAGCCUUCAUCCGAGUGUGGGCGGCGUUAGGCCUAGCCACAGACCUAAACACCAUAGAGCAGGCCACAAUGCAGCGGGCCCUGAAAGCCGCCGCCGAGUCCAAGCGCCCUUUAAAGACUUGCAUCGCUGACGCAGUCACACAUCAAACUCUCCCAGAAGAUCACUUUUUGAGGAGAGGUUAGAAAUAAUAAGUGUAAUGUAAUUAAUUUACUAAUUUAUUAAUAAAUUAUACGACACCAAA